AUGAUCCGCCUGUUCACAGUGUUCCUGGUGGCUCUGAUGGGCCUGCCUGUGGCCCAGGCUCUGGAGUGCCACGUGUGUGCCUACAAUGGAGACAACUGCUUCAAACCCAUGCGCUGCCCAGCCAUGGCCACCUACUGUAUGACCACACGAACUUACUUCACCCCGUACCGGAUGAAGGUGAGGAAGUCCUGUGUUCCCAGCUGCUUUGAGACUGUGUAUGAUGGCUACUCCAAGCAUGCAUCUGCCACCUCCUGUUGCCAGUACUACCUCUGCAACGGUGCUGGCUUUGCUACCCCAGUGACCUUGGCCCUGGUCCCCGUACUUCUAGCUACCUUCUGGAGCUUGCUGUAAAGCUCUGUUUCCCAAGCCAGAUCCAUGCAAACACAACACUCUUUAAAAACACAGUUGCCCCUCUUCCCCAUUCACUCCACUCAACCUUCUUCCCUUUGAGACUCCUCGGCUACAACGAGGUCCCAUGUCUAUCCAUGAAAGGACUAAUGGCCUCCAGA